AGAUUUUGUUGCAUUUUGUGUAAUUAUAUGUUUUACUGUCAUUAUAAUUUGGUGGACAUACAUAAUUAAUGUCAAAGAUAGUAUAGUAAGGUUUGCUCCAGAAAAGAAUUUGAAAAAGUGAUUUUGAUGCAAAUUUUUCUGAACUGUGAUGCAAAUUUUUCUGAACUGAAACGGGACGGUCCCAGCUGUGUCUGGCUGGGGACAGUGUCACUGCAUCAAGUAAAGUGUACAUGUAGGUACACCAGUACAGUGUAAUUGUACGUACAAAAGAAAAGUGUGCAAUUUGAUUUCGUACAGUGGGUGAGACGAGUAAUAUACAGUACUUCGGUCUGAAGGUUAAAACAGGGUAUCUUGAAAAAGAAACCCGAGACGUUUUUAGCUGCUUUAUAACAUAUGAAAAUAAUGUGACUAAUAAAAUUGACAUUAAGACGCGUUUUGGUACCAUAAUCGAAUUUAUAGUCAUCUGAGGCAUCUCUCCCGUAGACAUCUUUCUCAUAGACACCCGAGACAUCUCUCUCAUAAGAGAUUUAGAGACAACUGCGAUUUAAUAAUAAUAGCCACCCUCUUUAGGCGUCCUCCUAACAUUACUCACAAGAGACAAGCCUCAUAAUGCGGAUGAGUAAGAAGCGAUGGCUGGUGAUGCUGCUGGUGUACAUCAUAUACCUCCUGUUGGGGGCGCUGGUGUUCCAGGUCCUGGAGGCGCCCUCCUCCAGGAAGGAGAAGCUGGAGAAUGAGAUGGCAGUGCACCAACUCCAGCUCCAUUCAGUGGAGACGCUACUCCAGCUGCCAGAUGGCGACACUAAGGACCAGGUGCUGCGGAUGCUUCAUGCCGUGCAGGAUCUUUACGGCCCCAUCUUGCCGAACGACUUCAACGCCAGCGCCAACUACUCCUACGAGUUCAUCAGCCUCGUGUCCAACGAAACCCUCACAGACGAGUACCUCAUGCGGGACUGGGACUUCUGGAACGCCUUCUUCUUCUCCUUCAUCACCAUCACCACAAUAGGCUACGGCCACCUUUCGCCGCGCACGACCAUCGGGCAGCAGUUUUGCAUUUUGUACUCGUUGUUCGGCAUCCCUCUGAACACCAUGGUGUUCGUCACGCUAGCUGACUUCUACUCAGAUUACGUGAUGACGAGCGAAGAUCGCAAGGGUGGCAAUGGCAGAACCACAGCUCAGGUGGUGAACAGAGCGCUGGUGUAUCUCAUGCCGGGGUUGCUGUUAUUCCUGAUCGUGCCAGCCCUUAUCAUGAUGGAGGUCGAGGGAUGGACGUUCCUGCAGAGCUUCUACUUCGCCUUCAUCACCCUCACCACCAUCGGAUUUGGCGAUUACGUGGCAGGGAGGCCUGGAUACUACAGCUACUGGGAUUUUGUGUACAAGAUCUACCUCAUGUUGUGGACCAUGUUUGGUCUGGCAUACCUCAUCAUGAUCGUCUCAUUCCUCAUAGACGCCCUCAAGUCUGAUCCGGUCCGGAUGAUGGAGGAGCGAACCGCUCGGUUGCUGCAGAAGCGCACAGCUCGCCUGCAGGGGCUGAUGAACAGCUUCUUGGAGCAGCAUGAGCGGGUGCACAGCAAGGCUAAUGCAAUCCAGCUCUUCAGAGAAAAGCUGCAAGGCCAAGACGCUGGUCAGGAUAACCCAAGCUUUGAGAUCGUAGACACCAGCACCGAAGAACAGCAGAUCUCGGAAAGCCUCGAUUCCAUCCUAAAGACGGCUGAGGAAAUUAUUCCAGGACGAUCGAGACAUUCCUCCGUUGUAAGUUUGGCAGGAAGGAAAAUCUCCACCUGCUCCAGACUGACUAUUCAGUCCAAUGGAAGACGAUCGUCAGCGUCGUCCAUUUCUAGCAAAGGCCAAAGCUCUAGCAUCGCACCUCCCAUAAAUCUGGAAGUGCCGGUGCAACAAUAUCCGUCUCGGCGGCGUUCGACGAUCGUUAAUGCAAUGGUAAAAAUCCUGCCCAAAGCUGUGACGGAGCGACAUUUCCACACAUGCCAUCAUGGCCACAGCAACAUGCACUAUGGUAAUGGCGACGUUGACCACGACCACAGUGACAUGCACGUGCACGGUGACUGCUGCAAGGAGCUCCUGACACUUGCGGUGCUCGUGGAUAAAAUAGAGCGUCUCCUCGAGAUGACCAAGGGUGACUGGAAUGAACCACCGGACCCCAACGCGGCAAAGAUAAACAUUGAGGAAGGAUGUGAGAACAAGAUAGUCACGCCAGGCACACCCACGAGUGCACCUGUUGCUAUAUACGUAACAGAAGCACCUCCAAUUGAUGAGAAUGUAGAAAUACAGCGAGCUGAAGAAGUAGAAGAAGACAAAAAUUCCUUGCAGGUUGAAUCUGUUAAGUUCUAAUCUAUCACUUGGACGACUAUUGUUCAUUUCCAAAGCAAGAAUAUGUGGUUAUUUUAGUACGUAUUCUGCGAGAGUUAACCAAUUAAUAAUCAGCCUUCCAUAUCGUUUUGUAUCAAUUUAGUGCAUACUAUCUUCAUCAAGAAAGAUGUUCCAGUUGACUUUUGUGUACAGAUAAGAAUCAAUUUGGCCUUCACAAUAACGGUGCUUUCAAUGAAUUAUUAUCUCAAAAUCUCGCUAAAAUAAAUACAUUAGUGUUUAGUGACAACAAAUACAAAUUCAAGAGCGGACAUAUACAGUGAGAAAUCUGCAAAUUUUAUUAACCUUCAUAGCAGGAA